AUGACAUUUGGCCUUUCUCAAGAGGAGUACUGUUUUCCAGGCUCUAAUGCCUCAUGUGUUAGUGCACAGUUCAGUGUGGGGUCCAAAGUUGCCCUCUACUUCUUGUUUGCUUUAGGCAUGCUGGUUACCAUUUUAGGAAACUCUGUUGUCAUUGUGUCCAUAGGUCAUUUCAAGCAGUUGCAUAAUCCUACCAAUGUGCUUGUUUUGUCUCUUGCUCUUGUGGACCUUCUUGUGGGUGUCACUGUGAUGCCCUUCAGCGCCAUCCGGACCAUUCAUGGCUGCUGGUUUUAUGGUGAUGACUUUUGUCUGCUGCACUCCAGUUUUGAUAUGUUUCUCACCACUCUGUCUAUCUUCCACCUAAUUUGCAUUGCUGUAGACAGACAACAAGCAAUAUGCAAUCCUAUGCAUUAUUCUAGGAAUAUCACAAUGUCAGUAGCCUGGAUUAUGGCAUGUGCCAGCUGGGCACUGGCUGCUGUCUACUCUUAUGGACUACUUUACUCAAAGGCCAACAUAGCAGGGUUAGAGGAUUAUUUGGCAUCAAUAAAUUGCCUUGGCAGUUGUAACCUUCUCUUUAACCCUCUUUGGGGAGUCCUGGACAGUGUUAUCUGCUUUUUCUUUCCCUGCACUGUCAUGGUUUGCAUGUACACUAAAAUAUUUUUUGUGGCUAGAGAGCAUGUGAGAAAGAUUGGAGAUAUGAGCAAUUAUUCAAAUAACAGUGUAAAAGGUGGGUUGAUUAAACAGUCUGAGCAUAAGGCUGCAAAGACUCUGGGCAUUGUGCUUGGUGUAUUCAUCUUUUGUUGGAUGCCGUUUUUUAUAAAUUCUAUAAUUGAUGUCUACAUUGGUUUCAGUACACCUGUUGCCAUCUUUGAAGCAUUUGUUUGGUUGGGAUACUUUAAUUCAAUGUUAAACCCAAUUAUUUAUGCCUUCUUUUAUCCCUGCUUCAAAAAAUGUUUUUAUUGUAUUGUCACUCUAAAGAUAUUUGCCUCAAAUUCCUCAACCAUGACUAUGUCUGUUAAAUGA